AUGAGGCGAAGUCUAAACUUAAGGAGCAGGCGGAUUCCUGGUGAUCCCCAGGGCACGUCCAAUGUUGGCGAUGGACGUGACAGUGAGCAAGCUGACCGUGGUGAGCUGAGCAGGCGGGCGACCACGCGCCGGAACCAGAUUGCUGGAGAUGGUAGAGCAACUACAGCCGAACCUGGAAUAAAUAGAAGCAUUAAUACCGGAGAAAAUCAACGAGCUUCGCCGUUUCGCCAUGUUGCACAACAACGAGCUGUGCCCAGACGAAACGAACAAACGCGUCGAAUGCACUGGACUAACGAGAUGAAUAAAGCAGUAAUGACAGCGUACUAUAGAGCUACUAACCUAGAAGCGGACCGUACUUUCUAUCGCAGAAGAAUGCGUGAGGAAUUCCUGAGAUUUUACCCUCAACUUGACCAUCUGUCCGAACCGAGAAUAUCGGACCAACAAAGAGCUAUAAUCCGAAGAGAUCUUCUAUCAGAUCCGAUAUUAGAUGAAAUAAAAAAUGAUGUCCGUUGCCAAAAUGAGAUGGUCCAGCCACCCCUAGUACAGGUCCGAAACGAUGAUCUGCCAGAAGUGCAAUAUGAAGAGCAUGACAGGGUUGACUUGGGUCUAGAAAACUACUUCGAGACGCUCUGCAUGCAAUAUCGCGGAUCCGACCCAUGCUCACGACCACCCCUGUCUAAACUUCGAUUCAGAGCCCACACAGGUGCACUUAUCAACACCCUAAAUAAUAUCAUCCAAUCUAAAUUAAACACAGAUGCCGACUUGGAGGAAAUUCACCUGAUGAUCUAUUGUGCAGCUAGAACAGUACUCGAGAAAAACCAGAAGAUCCACAGCACUUCCAACGCCAGAAGAAGAGAAAGCAAGCCGAAGUGGGAAAUAAGAUUGGAACAGAAAAUAGAGAAAACAAGGAAGAUUGUAGCAGCCUUACAACAGCUAAAGUUAGGGAAUAAAAGAAGUAGAAUCCUGAAGAAGCUUCCGAAAAAGAUGUACGAAACAUUGAUUCAGACUCCAGCUUCUGCACAUCAACAAUUGAUACUGGACAGCCUGGACACAAUGAAGCAGCAACUGGCCGUGUAUGCACAUAGACUAAGAUCUUAUAAGGAAAGUAAUGAGAGAAAAAAACAGAAUGCUCUAUUCGAGAAAGAUGAGAGAAGAUUCUAUCGGGACAUCAUCGAGAAAAAGCACCAGACACAAAACACAUGUCCAAAAAUGCUGGAACUGGAAAGAUUCUGGGAGGAAAUAUGGUCCAAAGAAGCGAGACAUAGGGCGGAUUCUCCUUGGAUAUAUGAAGAAGAACGGAGAAUGGCGGACACCAACGAAAUGCCGAAUCCACAGAUGACACCUGCCGAUCUUAGCAGAGUAUUGAGUCGACUGCCCAAUUGGAAGGCGCCGGGUAGAGAUAAGGUUCAAAAUUUCUGGAUAAAAAAAUUUUCCUCUACGCAUCCAUACAUCAGCGAGGAGUUCAAUAAUAUUCUGAGACAACCAUCGAGAUGUCCUAAGUUUUUCACGCAAGGUGUCACUUAUCUACUGCCCAAAGGUGAGAACAAACAAGACCCAGCCCAGUACCGCCCAAUAACCUGUCUUCCCACACUAUUCAAGAUCCUCACCGCACUUAUAACAGAAAAAAUAACCAAUCACCUGAAGGUAAACCAUCUCAUGACAGAAGAGCAAAAAGGAUCAAGGAAGGGUGUCCUGGGGUGUAAAGAGCAGCUUGUUGUGGAUGAGGUCGUCCUUGAACACAUCAGAAGAUCAAACAGGAAUGCUCAUAUGGCCUUUAUUGACUAUAAGAAGGCCUUCGAUUCUGUACCCCACUCAUGGUUGAUACAUGCACUAAAAAUACAUAAGGUCAGCCCGGAUAUCGUUAACUUCUUAGAGACAUCGAUGAGACAAUGGUCCACAGUGCUUACUUUACAUACCACUGAGCAGAUCAUACAGAGCAAAGAAAUUCCUAUCAGGAGAGGAAUUUUCCAAGGGGAUCCCCUGAGCGCACCCUGGUUUUGCUUGGCGCUGAACCCCUUGUCUAGCACCAUAGUUCGGAUGGGGCAUGGAAUAAAAAUAAAAACUGAGCAAAACACUUUCAAUCUCACCCACCUGUUUUUCAUGGAUGACCUCGAAAUCUAUACCAGCUCAAAGAGGAAGCUAGAAAUUGUCCUGGAACAAAUACAUAAAAUGAGCACCGAUAUUGGUAUGGAAUUCGGCCUCAAUAAAUGCAAAACUGUAACUGUACACAGGGGAACUUUGCAGCAUACAGAGCCCCUGCAGAUCACACCUACAACCCAAAUAGAAUGUCUGAGCGAAGAAACCUACAAAUAUCUGGGCAUUCUUCAGACAAAUAAGAUAAACCAUACUACCGUCAAGGAGGAACUGAGGACAGAAUUCAAUAAAAGGCUACAGACUGUCCUCAAGACAAAGCUGAACUCAAGGAAUUUAACUAAGGCCAUAAAUACGUACGUGAUCCCAGCUUUGUCCUACUCGUUUGGGGUGAUUAAAUGGUCCCAAACAGAUCUCGAGGAUCUGAAUAGAAGAGUGCGAACAGCUCUUACUAGAGCAAGGAUGCACCACCCCAAAUCAAGCUGCGAGCGAGUUAAUCUUCCGAGAGGUUCUGGGGGCAGAGGAAUAGUUGAUAUCGAGAAUUUACAUAAUGGACAGGUGGAAAACAUGAGACGGUACUUUUAUUCGAGGAGAGACCGUCUGUUACACCAUACCAUUACUCAAGCUGACGCCACUGGACCUAAAGAACGAAAGAGGACAUACCUAUGCAUGCAACCAACAGGAGCUGCUGAGUGA